AGCUUCUCCCCUAAAGAAGGGAGAGAAGAGCGACAUUUGGACCUGGGAAAUCUAUAAGUUCCAGCUGCCUGUGACCUGUGGAGACCAGCAAGGGACACUGAACAGAGGCAGAUUGGCUAAAGGGGAGAAGUGCAUUGUGGUCGACAAACAGUGGUUUACUCCCAAUGAAUUUGAGAGAUUUGCAGGGAAGGGGAGCUUCAAGAACUGGAAACUGAGCAUUCGCUGUAUGGACACCCCCUUGGCAAAACUUAUACAGGACGGUCACCUCAAAUCAGUGAAGUACAAAGGAGGGUGUAAAAGGACCAAGAAAUCACUGUUCCCAUCUGAUGUUUCAAUCAUAGUGUCUGAGGGAGAAGAAGAUGAAAAUGAGGAGUGUGCCUCAGACAGUGAAGACCAGGUUUCAUCAAGCAGCAAAGAAGGUUCCAAAUAUGUCACAGAUGAAGAAGGAGAGGAGGAAGAGACAGAGCAGCAGACAGAGGCCAGCUGUGACAGUAGCAAGAAGGUGUUCAAAGUUACAUGUAGAGCUUUAAGCGGGACCCUUCACAAAAAACGAUUUGCAUCAGGGACUUGUGGGAAGAGUAUUCGUACUGAGACCAACUGGUUGACCCCAGUGGAGUUCAUGAAGGAGGCGUCCUGUCCGACAGAUGCCUCCUGGAGGAAAGACAUCCAGUGGGAAGGGAAACCACUCAGUAUCCUCACAGGGGUAACCAUGGCCAAAAUCUUAAGGAUCCACUCACUGCUGUGUUCCUGCGGACUGUGCAAACCAGACAGUAUAGAGCAGGACAAUCAGAAAAACGACGAUGAGUGUUGCAUCUGUAAAAGGGAAGAAGAAGAAGAAGAAGGAGAGUUGGUGGUGUGUGAUCACUGCCCUCGCUCCUUCCACCAGAAAUGUCACCUUCCUCAUAUAGAAGAUGCCAUUUUAGGGGACGAUAGUCUAUGGAUGUGUACGUUCUGCGUAUUCAAAAGCAAUCAAGGGUGCUAUUACUUCAACGAGCUGACAAUGGAAGCAGCCACGUCCCUCCAAAUAUCACAACGCAUGCUGCAAUGUCAGUAUCUCCUCCUGCAUUUGUGCAACAUUGAUGAGGAACAGACAUUCACUACAAACCCAAACCUCUAUUUAGCAGACUACUCCACGGUGAUCAAGACUCCGAUGUGGCUGGGCAAAGUAGCAGACAAACUCCAGAAGAAGCUCUACCAGACAGUCGGACAGUUUGUGUCCGACAUCCAGCUCAUUUUCACCAACUGUGCUUCAUACAACCGAGACAAUGCUGAAUUCUUUGCGAUGGGGAACAGACUGAAGGAGUCAUUUGAUGAAGAAUUUAAAAAAGUAUUCAACAUCCGCGAGUAGACUGCUCACUGACACAAACUGUUUCAUUUUCAAACUCAGUGGCCCCUGGGAAAAGGUUAAACAUUGGGAAUUACAGCUUUGUGGUAAAUCUUUUUUUUCUCUCUCUAACUGGUUAAAAUAUCCCAAAAGACAUAAUUGGUCAUGAAGAGAGUGCAGUUGAAUUAAGUGAAACAAAUAUCCAGUUUAACUAAGUAAAUCUUAAUUCAUAGAGGAUGUGUAGGAGAAACUCUUCCACAAUACUGAGAGUUGCUAGUUCUCUGAAGAGAUACGAACCCAGUGUGAGGAACCAAGUCCCUUUACUCAAGCAGCAUACAGCAACAAAAACACAUCCGGUAUCCUAUUAACAUAAUGCUGUAAAUCACAUGUGAAGGUUUUAGGUCUUCAACACAAAUGGUGCUUUGAUCUGACCCUGUCACUGUGACCAGAUUCUUACCAGACAUCCUCCAUCCAACGUAUCACCAUUUGUCAACCAUAAAUUCACAAACCCCGAUAAACAAACUAUACAUUUACAACCCCGUCUAAAACAUUCAUCUAUCACAGAUGCACUCAAAUGCAGAAUAAAAUGUGAAAUUAAUAAUUUUUUUAUUUUUUAUAAUUUAAAGGGUAAUUUAUCCAAUUGUAUACAGUUGUCUGUUAAACACUGUAGGUCAUGGGGCAUAUGUUCCUAUUAUAUAUGUCUGUAUUAUGAAUGUACCGUAUGUAUUGUAACAUAAUGUAUUUGUUUAAAGUGUUUGAAUGAGCAUUUCCAUGUCACUACACAGUAUUUAAAACGCAAUUUCCCUGUGCUCUCUCUUUCUGUCGGAUCUGUUGUUUUUGGAUGUCUUUGUUAAAAUAAAAUACGUGUCUGUGCACAUGUUAAAUGA